GUGACGCCGGCCCUUUCAAAGAACUGCCGCCUCCACGUGCCUCCUGUUGUGAUGGGCUUUCUCUAGUCAGGCUAGUUAUCAGCUGGCUUCUGUUAAUAUCUGUGCCGAGGUGUAAGUAGAGAAAGAAAUGGCUUCUGGAGAUAUUGCUCAGAUUACAGAGGCGCUGGCCAAAACUCAUGUUGGAGAAGUGGAAUUAAGCUAUAAGGGACAAGGGCUGAAGUUGGACCAUGCUGAGUCAGUGAAAGAGAUGGUGAAGGAGAUCGAGGGGUGUCAGGGACUGCAGUCUCUCAGAUUAGAGGGAAACACAUUGGGGGUUGAAGCAGCACAGGCAAUUGCAAAAUCUCUUGAAGCGAAAAGGGAAUUGGAGCAAUGCCACUGGAGUGACUUGUUCACGGGUCGCCUUCGCUCUGAAAUUCCACCUGCUCUGAAAUCAUUGGGCUAUUCUUUGAUGACAUCGGGGGCCAGACUGACUCUUCUGGACUUGAGCGACAAUGCCUUUGGCCCUGACGGUGUAAAGGGAAUUGAAAGCCUUCUGAAGAGCGCUGCAUGCUACACUUUACUUGAGCUCAGGCUUAAUAAUUGUGGCAUGGGCAUCGGAGGGGGUAUGGUCCUUGCUUCUGCUUUGACUGAAUGUCACAAGCAGUCUAGUGCAGCUGGCUCUCCCCUGAGGUUAAAAGUCUUCAUCGCUGGACGUAAUCGGCUGGAGAAUGAUGGUGCUGCUGCACUUGCCAAAGCAUUUAAGUUGUUGGGCAGUCUUGAAGAGGUCUAUAUGCCACAGAAUGGAAUCAACCAUCUUGGCAUCACUGCUUUAGCCACUGCCAUAAAGCACAACCCAAACCUUCAGGUCCUCAACCUCAACGACAACACUUUUACUAAGAGAGGAUCGAUAGCCAUGGCGGAGGCUAUUAGGCACCUCCAGUGUCUUAAAGUCAUCAAUUUUGGGGAUUGUUUGGUUCGCUCAGAAGGUGCGAUUGCUAUAGCAGGGGCCCUUAGAGAGGGACUGCCAUUCCUCAGGGAGCUGAAUUUGUCAUUUGGAGAGAUAUGUGAGGCUGCAGCUGUGGUAGUUGCAAAGGCUGUUCGGGGCAAAUCUGAUCUGGAGAAACUGGACCUGAAUGGAAAUUGCUUUGGAGAGGAAGGCUGUGAGGCUCUCAGGGAAGUGAUGGAGAGCAUGAACAUGGAAGAUCUGCUGGGCACGCUCAGUGAUGAUGAAGGAGAGCCUGAAGAUGAUGAUGAGGAGGAGGAGGAGGAGGAAGAUGAAGAAGAGAAGGAAGAUGAAGUGCAUACAGAGGAAAAUGGUGUCAAUGGAACAAAAGAUGUAAUUGAAGAAAAGGAGGAGCCUCGCUGCACUUCUGAGCUCACGUCUUUCCUCAUCUCACCGUCAGCUGAGAAACUGAUCUCCCUUGGAGCCAAAAGGAUCCAGCUCAUAGAGCAGCAGGUUGACGUCUCCGAUGCUAGCAAGGUUUCAGAAAUUUUUCUCAAGAUUUCAUCAGUAUACAAAGAUGAACCAGAAGUAAAGCAAGCAAUAUUUGAGAGCACUGAUGCCCUGUUGAGGAAAGCCUUUUCCAACUCCCACUCUCAAUCCUAUUCUUUUAUCUCCUCACUGAUAGUGAACCUGGGACUUUUAAAGAGUGAAGAUAAGAAGAUAAAGAAGGUAGCUGUACUGCCUGGACACUUACUUGCUUUGGAGCACGCAGCUGCACAAGAGUUUUUCCCAGCAGAUCAGGCUGAAGUUCUGGAAGAAUUUGUGUCACGAAAUGGCAAAGUCUUAGAAUCCUGCUGCAAUGCCAGAGAUGUUCUCAAGACCACAUUAGUGAAAAGGACCACUGCUUAAUUCUUAAACCCCAUUAUAUAGCCACUGAAAGUACUUAAUACGGGUCAUUCCAAAAAAAAAAAACAUGACUGGAUACAUGAAACUUUGUUAACUCUUGAUCUAGUUUAUGUAAGAUCUCAGACUGCAAAGCUUGGCAAAGUACAGUGAUGACUAGUGCCUCAUGAUAAUUAACUGAAUUUCCUUACAGAUCAGCUGUAGACAGCUGGCUUGGAAUAAGAGUUUUGUUCUUUCAACUCUUUUUAGUAAUAUUGGUUCUAUUUUUAUACGUGGAAAGGGAAAAUGGGGAAAAAAGGCACUGGAUGAUAAUUAGGGCUUAAUUAUCGCUUAAACCUUAAAUGAUUGUAAUGUUAUAACUGAUAUUUCUGAACAGUUGUCAAUACUUGAACUGUCACAUUGACAUGGAGCCACGAGCAUGUUCACUCUCUCAUGCCUUUUAUUAGAUGUGCCAUAUUGGUGGUGCAGUUUAAACCAAAAUCAAGUCAUAUCAAAAUCUAAAAGUCUUUAGGUUGAAAUGAAGAAGGCAUUGACAGUUAAGUGGAAAAUUUUUUGGACAUUAGUAUAUUUAAUGCUACAACUGGUAUGCACUGGAUAUUGUCAUAUUUGCAACAUUCCAUUUUGUUGAUAUUAAACAGUUUUCUUUCUUGGGA